UUACCAGGAAGACAACAAUGCUGUAGUGCUCUUCACAGCUGGUAAUAAACACUAUGAACUGAGUUUCAAAGAUAUGGAGCAAAAGAAUGUGUACUAUGGCACCCCGAGACAGGUUAGAAGAAGACCUGAGUUCAUCUCAUCGGUUGGUGUCCAAACCACCAGAACCAGCAAGAGAAGAGGCCCCGUAUCAUCACAACAUGGCAGAGGCGUACCAGGAUACUGGGACAAGUCUGCUGUGCCUGAAACAGGAUACAAGAGAGUAGCUCUGCUAAGUACUGACCGGGACUAUCUGAAGGUCCAGGAGCUGUUCUGCAAGACACUGAGCGGUUUUGACAUCAUCAGUAUUGAGAGGAUCCAGAACAAGGAGCUCUGGGAGGACUUUCAGACGAAACGAGAACGUAUGACGAAAGCCAACAAGGAUAAAAAGUACGUCGCUGGGGAACGUCUGCUCUUCCAUGGCACAGAUUCCAAGUUCAUUGAUGCGAUCUGCUACCAGAACUUUGACUGGAGAAAGUCUGGAGCCAAUGGAACGGUUUAUGGAGAAGGAUGCUACUUUGCCCGGGAUGCCCGCUACUCCAACAGCUACACCUCUGACCACAGCGUGCGCUCCAUGUUUGUGUGCCGCGUGCUGGCAGGCAGCUAUACCCGAGGGCAGUCUCAAUAUCGCCUGCCGCCCUCCAUAGAUGGAGGCCUGCUUCUGUAUGACAGCUGUGUGAACGAUGUCCGCGACCCUUCUAUCUUUGUGGUGUUCGACAAGCAGCAGGUCUAUCCCGAGUUCCUCAUUACCUACACUGAGCACGUCUAUAUUACGGAUCUAACGGAUCCUUCUCCUGAUUACGCUUCUUCUGCUGUCUCCGGUUUACUUUCUCCUGUUAAGACCACUGCCACUUCCACACAGUCCAAUUCUCUACACAGCUCCACCGCUCUUACUAGCAUAACAAGUGCACUAAAAACGGUAACCGUGUCCACUUUGACCUCAAGUUCAUUUGUGUCCCCGCCUUCUGUGGUGUCAAGUCCAUCCUUGUCAUCUGCCAAGCCAUCCACAGCGUCUCCCCAAAGUUCUGUCAUGAAUCCCAUUCUUUAUCUUCCAUCAUCCAGUCUGAAACCAGCCCAGGUUUUACCUGCAACCAGGACCUCCGCAGGGUCAGCAACUCUGCCUGCUCCUGUUCCAGCCUCCACUUCUUCAAUGCUGCCAAACAGUCAUCCUGUACAGGCAGUUCAAAUACGAAAGAGCGACGUCAGUAGUGAUGACUGGAAUUUUGUAGAUUCAUUAAACAUCCCCAGUUCUAAGAGCACAUCAACAGCCCUGUCUAAUCCAGGAAGAUCCAGCACCUCCGCACUAAACCAGCAGUGGGUUCCCAAACCGGUUCCCAGUCGACGUCUGUACUCGUCGUCAGAUGCAUCUCUGGUCAGCUCCACUGUGAGGUCUGCCACUCCAAAGUCAACAAGUACAAGAAGGGUGUCUCCUCCCCGCCAGUCCACUACAACCUCCUCGUACACCGAGUCAGUGGUCACUCUUCCUACGAGUCAACGAAGCCAAGACCUCUAUAAUGUCCCCACAGCUACUCGGAGACAGAAUCAUGAAGCAAAAAAGAAAGAGGAAUGCAUCUUGCUUUAA